AUGACAUCUCCAGUGUCCAUCUGGAUCUGGCCCUGGCUCCUGAGUCUGCUGGUCAUCCUGGCCCCGGGGGCUGCAGGUCGCUUCAACAUCUCAAGCCUCUCUGGUCUGCUGUCCCCGGCGCUGGCCGAGAGUCUGCUGGUACCUCUGCCGCCCUGCCACCUCACGGGGGGCAAUGCCACACUGUCCGUUCGAAGGGCCAAUGACAGCAAAGUGGUGAGAUGGAACUUCACGGUGCCCCCCUGCCGGGCGCGCAGAGAGCUGGUGAGCGUGGUGGACAACAGCGCCGGCUUCACGGUCACCCGGCUCAGUGCCUACCGGGUGACAAACCUCGCGCCUGGGACCAUGUACUACAUCUCCUACCUGGUGACAAAGGGGACAACUUCGGAGACCAGCAGAGAGAUCCCCAUGUCCACGCUUCCACGAAGGAAGGCGGAGUCCAUCAGGCUGGGCAUGGCCCGGACAGGGGGCAUGGUGGUCAUCACAGUGCUGCUCUCCGUCGCCAUGUUCCUGCUGGUCUUGGGUCUCGUCGUGGCCCUGGUACUGGGCAGCCGGAAGUGAGGCUGCAGGGUCCUGAGCACCUUGGGGGGGCCCAAUGCACUGUGCAGGCCCAGCCUGGGGUGUUUCCCCUUGGCUCUCUCUUCUGGGCCCCCACAGCUCCCUUUCUGCUCCGUCCUCUCCUCCCCUCCAGUCUCCCCUCACCCAUGCUGCUCAGCCAGUCCCUACAGAACUGGGGUGCCUCCUCGUCUACCUCU